GUGUUUACGUGAUUGGCUGAUUAACGUCAUAGAACAACUUGAUUGGAUAGAAUUAUUUCAUGACAGACCCAAAACAAUUCUGAUUGGAUAGAAUCAAAUGACGUUACGUUCAGGAAUAAGGAAGUCCCCGUUCGCCGUGCUGGCGCGGAAUUUGGAAAAAAAAAAUCAUGAAAAGCGAUAAAACGACAUGGCAGAAAAUUACCCAAGGACCAAACUUAGACGAGACAAGUCUUCUGUCGAUGAGCUGCAGUCAACACCGAAGAGCGGCCACGGGAGACUGUUUUCCGGUAACAGUACAGCAAAGCCUGCUGGGUCAGCGCUUCCUCCAGCAGCCUGGUGGAACAUACAGCCGCUGCCUGCCGUGGAGAGCCUGUGGGCGUUCACACUGAAGUCUGCUCUGCCAUACCUGGAAAAGCAGCGCUGGGACUUGGUUUCUGAUCUGCCACAUCUAUCUGCAGUGAGACCCACAGCAAUGAAGGUGGAUAAACCGCAGUGGUGUGACCUCAGCAGUGAGGUUGCCAUGUUCCCUGAGUCCUCUGCACAUGCUCCAAGGAUUUCAUCGAGCCGACAUUCUCUCAGCUUCAGCCCCUAUGAGCAAGACCUCUCAGAACAGAUGAAACCUGUACCACAUCCACCUGAUAAACAACUGUUCUCUCCCAGCUGGAAGAGUCCUAAUUGCAAGGCAUUGUCUCCUCAACACUCGAGCAAAAGACAGCAGCUGUCCCUUCGCAGGCAGGAUGAAGCAGCAGCAUCAUCAGCAGGACCCUCUAAUGCUGGUGGUGAAGAGGGGACGGCAGGAGGGGAACUAGAAGAAGACACUGGACCAGUCAGCAGGCAGCUUUUUAUGGAUGGUGUGAAGAAGUCUGACAGCCCAGUUCCUCUGCAGAAGGAGGGUGAAAAUAAAGAGGGAGUGACGGAGGAAGAGGAUGAAGAAGCAGAGGAGGUACAGAGGAGUGUAGAAGUCAGAAUAGGAAGACUGCAGAGCUGCCCCAUGUGCCUGCAGCAGUUCCCUGCCGGGUUCACCCAGAUGGACUGUGACGGCCACCUGGCCCAGUGUCUGUCGGAGAUGAAUGUGGACAUGACCUGGUGAGUCGACGGGACGCUGGCUGCUGUCCAGGAGCUACGAGCAGCCCAGAUGCCCCACACACUCCAGGAUCAUAUCAGAUGGAUGAGGACACACCCUGAGAGCAACUCAUGCAAAUAACUCUCACUGUCCAUGACACUUUACACUGACUAUGCUCUGAGAGAGGGAGCCCACAAGUUCAAGGUGAGGAGACAAGGAUGUUUGCCUGUUUUGUGAAAAGUCAUGGAAGAUGGGGUCGUAUUGAGAAUUUUACACUGGGGCCUGUCCACAUGGCCUCUGAUGCCUUUGAUUUCUGCUGAUCAAAAGGCUCUUCAGACAAAAAGACCUUCCCGCCCCCCUCGUGCUCUGGGAGAUAAAACCAGGAAUGGAAGCGGGCUCGUCUUCCAAACUAAGCUGCUUCCACAAAACCGUAGACUGGUCUGAAGAGAGAGUUUUUCACUGUGUGACUAGACAGCUGUGGAGAGGAGGGACAGGAGUACGGCACUGUUCACAGUUUUUACUCAAUACUGUGUGGUAUUUCUGUCUAAAUACUAUUGUUGUUAUCUCCCUGGAGAGGAGUCUGAAAAUGUGAACGCACCUUUAUGACGGCUGUCUUUCACUCAGCCUUCCAGCGCGGUCAUUCAGAACCAACGUUGUCAGACAGCACGUCUUAAAACGAGGAAUUCUCUUGGAAAUAUUUCAGAUGUUUUUUUCUAACAUUAGCUUGUUUUGCGCUUUUUCGUUUGCUGCCGAAUUGUCGUGGUCAACUGCUGUUUAUUCGCUGUUUCUAGUUUGUAGAAGGAUUCAGCAAAAAGCUCUGACACUGUUCACAAUGCUCCUGCAACAUGUGUAAACAAUAACUGUCAUGAAUCAGGAUGUCCUGUGAAACUAUUGCUAUCACCACUGUAACCUGCAGUAUGUGUUUGUGAGCAGUGGUAUGUGCACACUGAACUGGAGCAGAAAAGAAAACCUCACGUUCUGUUUCAGUCAGCAGCAGGGAUGACCCGACCUUCAUGUUGGGCGACCAUUACGGUGAUGAGAGGUGGGUCUGCAGCUGCCAGCGAGAGAAGAAACCAGUUUUGACAGUGGAGCCACAGACUAGAGAGAGUUUCAUGUCAGGAGCAUCAAGAUGUUUUUUUUUCCAACAUUCACACGUUGUGCAUCAGGAAUUAAUCCCCCGGCGUCAGAUUGUCAAGGUGGAGUUCUAUUGAACAUCCUGAGGUGUCUGAGGGAUUCAACAUGCAGUGCAAAUGACCAGAACUGUAGUGUGAUAGUGAGAGUUCCAGUGUCCUGAGUGCAGUGAUAAUGCUUAGGUUUGUUUGUGAGCUAAGCUAUGCUACAUCCAGAAUCCAGCUCUGUAGUAAGUUUGAUUGAUAAUGACUUUAUCUAAAAUGUAUUAAAGACAGCUUUGUUCAUCUGGUAAA